UAUAUGUGGCAACUUUUAGUAACCGGCCAGGUCAAGUAAAACUCAAUUGUUAUAAUAGAAUUUAAUUUCAAAUUCUUUUUGUCAAUUUCUUGAAACUUACUAAAUAAAUAUAUUUUUAUUCCUCAUAAUUAUUAAAAAUGAAUGGUUUGGUUAAAACCGCUCAUAGGGUUAUACAAAGUUGCGUGAAACACUCGAGUUUAUCGAGUGUCCUGGUGACCCGUUCCCAAGCCCCAGUGAAACGUGAUUUCACAAGGGGAAUAUGGCACAUGAGCUGUUCCAAGAGACUUGACGGCCCUUCUGCACCUACUGGAUUAUUACACAAUCAUUCCAAUACGUGUAGUUGUGGGUGCGGUCUUAAAGCUCUCCACACAAAAGGUGAAAGAGAACUGGUAGAGUUCCUCACUGAAGAAAUAGUGGCAGAACGCAAAGCACAAAAGGUGAAGACAUUGCCCAGUGAUGUGGAGGGGUUCACAGUGAAGGGAGACGGAGCAGAGGUUGUACUCAGCAAACAACUUAAAGAUGAGCUUAUCAGAAUAACCUUCAAUGUAAACCACACAGUAGACUCUGAUGACUUUGAGGGUGACAUACAGCAGGAGAAGCAGGAGUUUGCCGAGAUGCGCUCAAAGCCACAGUUUGAAGUUGACAUUGUCCGUGGAGACACUACACUCGGGUUCACCUGCUCAUUCCUGCAGGAGCCGCCACCGACCAGUGGUGAUGAAUACAAUGAUAUAUUCGGCAUCGACGAGGUGACGAUCUACAAAGGCGACUGGAACGACAAGGUGUACGCAGUCGCCGGCGACGUGCUGGACGGGUAUCUUUAUGAUCUGCUGAUGAAUCUGCUAGAAGAGAAGGGCAUCAGCAACGAUUUCGUCCAAAAGUUAUCAGACUUCAGUACAGCGUACGAGCACGCCGCCUACAUCAAUUUACUGGAGACCAUCUCCAAAUUCACCAUCGGCAAACAGUAGUGUCUUCUCUCCAGAACUGAUUCCGACUGACAAAAGAAAAAGAGUGAACGAUAUCGUCGGAAAAUUUUGUCCUAACAGAAAUAGUUUAUAUUAAAAAAUGUUAUUUCUUUUCACAGACCAUUAUUGUAUAAAAAUUAAAUUAUAAUUCAUUAGUUUUCAAUACAAAUAAAAUGUAUGAAUGUUUCAUAUUUCACAGAAUGAAAUAUUUUGGUUUUGUACAUUUGGGACGUUUUGCAGUUUAUACUUAUCGUGUUACAGAAUAUACUCGAAUUUAAACAUCUCUAUAGAACAGGUCAAGGAGAGAUGCAUUUAUUCGCUCGGCGACAGCUUUAAGUUAGUUAGUUUAGUUAGUUGUACAAGCGCCGGUUGCUGUGUUAAUUAUGUUUAGUUAUAAUUUGUCUGAUUAUAAAUUGUUCCAAUUAA